CAAACAAAACUUACGGGGCGGCCACGCCUUCGUCUUCUUCCUUCUACUCCUCACGGUUCUCUCCCUCUCUUCUCUGUCUUUAUCAGCUUCUCAAGUUACUUGUUUCAGUUUCCGAUGCUCCUUUCUUAGUUUUUUUUUCUUCGUUUUCUCUUUCAUCAGCAGGGCUUUGGAGUUUGUGUUAUCAUCCUCGUCCGUCGUCAUUACUUACUGGUGUUUUAGGGUUUCAAUAAAAAAAGCUUCUUAAUCCGUCGAAAUUACACUUUUCUCUCCCUCAUUGUCGGUUACUCUCUUUUUCCCCUUCGCAAGUUUUAUGCUUUUCUAGUUUCCAUUGAUGCUCUAGCCUCUAGUUCAAAUCUCGGUUUUUGAUUUCUUCGCUUAGAAAUUUUAAUGUAUGAAAUCUGACUUUUUUUAUUUUUUUUAAUUGAUGAUCGUUUUCAAUUAAGACAAAAAAAAAAACAAAUCAGUGGCUGGUUUAACUUUGAUUUACUCAUGAUUGGUUCUCUCUUGCAGUAAUUGAGUUUUCAUUGUAAUUUUGGUCACUGUUGCUUGUUCUUCUACUUCCUUACGAUACUAUCUCUCUCUGUGCCUUGUGCGUAUCGCUUACUUAAUUCUCAAAGUGGAGAUUCUUCACACGUCUCUAAUUUCUCUGACUUUUCUCUUUUAUUGCGUAUAUAUUACUAUUUGCGAUGAUACUUAGUUUCACAUUGUUGUUGGCUACCACUAUAUGCUUGUAAGGAUAGUUUAGCAAGUGAAACGAAAGACAAAGAUAAAUGGCUUCAAAGAUUAUAGCUGGCAAGCCGGAUGAUUCUGAGUAUGAAAUCGUUGAAGGUGCGUCUGAGAGCGCUUUAGCAGCCGGGACAAGCCCUUGGGUGGAUUCUUCAACGUUGAAGCUUCGGCAUCGGAUUGGAAGAGGUCCUUUCGGAGAUGUUUGGCUGGCUACUCAUCAUCAGUCAACUGACGACUACGAUGAGCAUCAUGAAGUCGCCAUCAAAAUGCUUCAUCCUAUCAAGGAGUAUCAAAAAAGGGUUGUGGUAGAGUUUGACGAUCUCUUUUCCAAGUGUCAAGGAAUGGAGAAUGUCUGUCUGCUCCGAGGAGUCUCUACUAUCAGUGGAAAGAUAUGCAUCAUCAUGAAAUUCUAUGAGGGCUCUGUUGGUGACAAGAUGGCUCGGCGUAAAGGAGGAAAGCUUUUACUGCCUGAUAUAUUGAGAUACGGGGUUGAUCUGGCUUCAGGGAUCCUGGAGUUGCACUCAAAAUGGUUUCUGAUUCUCAAUCUUAAGCCGUCUAACUUUCUUCUCAGUGAUAACGACAAGGCCAUCCUCGGGGAUGUUGGGAUCCCUUAUCUCCUUCUUAGCAUCUCUUUGCCAAGUUCUGAUAUGACUGUGAGACUUGGAACUCCAAACUAUAUGGCUCCAGAACAGUGGCAACCAGAAGUAAGAGGUCCCAUGUCCUUUGAGACUGAUUCUUGGGGAUUUGGAUGCAGCAUUGUAGAAAUGCUGACUGGUGUACAACCUUGGUCUGGGAGAUCCGCCGAUGAAAUAUUUGAUUUAGUGGUGAGAAAGCAAGAAAAGCUUAAUAUCCCCAAUGGCAUACCGCCUCCUCUCGAGAACCUACUUCGGGGUUGCUUUAUGUAUGAUCUUCGAAGCCGACCUUCAAUGACUGACAUCUUACACGUCUUGAAGAGCUUGCAGAACUCAGAGGAGGAAGAGAUCUGGAGAGGCAUUGAUAGUACAGAAAUCAGGAAGAGCUCGGCAACUCUUGGUUAUACAGAAUGGUUUCUUUCAAAGGAUCAUCUGCAAGUGGGCGACAAGGUGCGUUCAAGAAAGCCUGCCAGUUCAUUUAAGCAUGAGAACAUGGAUGUGCCAGGAGGAAUGGUGGUUGGUUUAGAACGUGACACCACAGACCCAGAUGGGUUUGCGCUAGUUAAAGUCCAUGGCGUUCAUGACCCGUUAAGGGUUCAUGUAUCUGUUCUUGAACGGGUAACCAACGGAUUAGCUUCUGGAGAUUGGGUGCGUCUGAAGCACGGAAAUAAGAGGCACUCUUCGGUUGGUGUUCUCCAUUCAAUUGACCGUGAGGGAAACGUAGCUGUUGGGUUUAUUGGGUUGCCAACUCUCUGGAAAGGGACUUCAUCGCAGCUUCAGAUGGCUAAUGCAUACCGUGUGGGUCAAUUUGUGAAGCUCAAAGCCAAUGUUGUCAUCCCGAGAUUUAAAUGGAUGCGUAAAAGUAUAGGGAUAUGGGCAACUGGCAGGAUCUCUCAGGUUUUACCUAACGGUUGCCUUGAGGUGGACUUCCCUGGAGUGUUACCUUUUAAAGAGGAACAUGGAAGUUGUCUUGCAGAUCCGGCUGAAAUCGAGAUUGUGAAUUUUAAUACAUGUCAAGGAUUUGUGAAAAAAUAUGAACAUCUGGAGGAUUUUCAUUGGGCUGUGAGACCUUUGCUGAUUGCUAUGGGUCUAUUGACAGCAAUGAAGUUAGGGUUCUUUGUUGGGAAGAAAAUAGGAAGGUCAAAGGAUGGGAAACAACGUGAUGGCUCGAGUGCACAAGGUGACUGUCAGAUUCGGGAUGGUCAGAGAUCUCGCAAAUCUAAAUGGCUUGUGUUUGUUUAGGUCUGUGAUUAGGUUUGUGGCAAACCUGGUCUGGUCUGGUCUGGUCUAAAUAUCGCACUGUUCUAGUCCUGGAUACAUGGUUUUACAAUAGUACGUGUACAUAAUAAUAUUCUUUUCGUCUUUCAACGUAGUAAAAGACUCUUAUUAUAUUUGAUGGGAUUUAAGACUAGUGUUACCAA